CGCUUUGGUUGCGUUUUAUUUCUUCACUACAGUUUAACACUACUUUAUUUUUUAAAACAAAAAUGUCCACUACUUUACCUCACGGAGAUCCUGUUCAUGAGAAGAACCUCGAUUUGAGUACCAGUACCGAGAAGAAAAUCGAAGACUUGUACAAGUUGAUCGAAGGUAUCAAGAUUUGUAUGAUGACCACUCGCUGUGCCAAGACCGGUCGACUCGUCAGCCGAGCCAUGGCUCCACGAACACCCAAGAAAGAUCAACCGGCCGAUCUCUGGUUUUUCGCCAAUAACACAACCCACAAAUUCGAUGAAUUACAAGAAGAUCCCAACGUGAACUUGGCGUUCUUCAGCCAAAGUACCUUUGAAUGGGUGAGCGUUUCUGGAACUGCUGAAGUUGUCAACGAUCGCGCCAAGGUCAAGGAACUGUAUGCUCCCGAUAUUAAGGCUUGGUUUGCCGAUAUGGGUGACGGUGUUCACGACGGUGGUCCCACUGACCCUCGUAUCUCUCUGAUUUUCGUCAAAGCCGACACGGUUCACUAUUCCAUGAAGGAUACUUUCGGUCCAGUACAAGUGUGGAAUAUUGCCAAGGGUAUGGUCACUGGUGAGGCACCCAAGGUUUCCGCAGAAAGAGAUUUGAAUGCAGAAGAACUGAGAGAUGCCCGUCGCACAGAGGGUCUGGAUAAGAGCCUCACCUAAAUUUAUGUACUACUAUCUUGUCAAAUAGCUACCGCAAUAAAUACUUAAUCCCUGCGCUUCUUUACAAUCAUUGAAUUGUUGUAUGGCAAAUAUGUAUCCAAAAUGACAAGGGAUCAUUAUGUGUGGCAGAUGCAAUAAUCAACACGCGGUUAUCUGACCUUCAAUAUGUGGCGCCAUAGAAGGCAUCUGCAGGGAAUUUUCUUUUUAUCAUCCCAUCCAUAACUAUGAGUACAAUAACGCUUAUUUAUGAUUUAUUUCAACUCGC